UCUUGUCACUCAGUUUUCAAACUUCUAGCUUUGUUGCGACUCAUCAUGUGAAGAAGUAGUACUACAGAAGAUCAUGCAGGGAGAAUCUAGAAGCAGUAGCAGCAUGAGUGACAUGAGUGGGAGGAGAUCAUGCUAUAGAGGGCACUGGAGGCCAGCCGAAGAUCAGAAACUUCAACAACUUGUUCAACAUUAUGGUCCCCAGAAUUGGAAUUUCAUUGCAGAACAUCUUGUGGGAAGAUCAGGGAAAAGUUGCAGAUUGAGAUGGUACAACCAACUUGAUCCAAACAUCAACAAGAAGCCAUUCACAGAAGAAGAGGAACAAAGGCUUCUUGCAGAUCACCGGAUUUAUGGAAACAAAUGGGCUCUUAUUGCUCGUCGUUUUGAAGGCAGGACUGAUAACGCACUGAAGAAUCACUACCAUGUUAUCAUGGCAAGAAGAAAACGGGAAAGAUUCGCACUACUCCAAGAUCAUCAUCAUGAUCCAAGUCGUAAAUAUAAUUACUCUAAGUCGACGUCAGAGUCGACUCUCAUCAGGUUCCAAAACCAUGAAAAUUUCGGGAGCUCUUCCUCAUCAGCUUUAUUAUUUUCAUCUUUAAGUUUUAUAAGACGACAUGAGCAGUACUCAACCAUCACAACAGCUUCACUACGUUCUGGUGAAUUUGAUGGAGGAAAAAAGUGUGAUUUCGGCUCGAAUAGUAGUACAACUUCAUCAUGGGCUGAUUACAAGCAGGGAUUAUUAAUACAUGGCAUUGAUCCUGAUGUCCCGAGGAAUAUUGAUCAUCAUGUUCUUCGUCAUCCAUUCAAAUUCUCAAAUUUUGGCGAGGAUUGUGGGAAGGAAUAUAUGAUGAAGUUGGCCGUGAGGCUCAAUAAUAAUAACUCAGCCGCUACAUUACAGAACUUGAAAAUGGCUUCUCAUUAUCAUGAGCAAGAACAAGCUGGUGGAGAUCAUCAUCAUGGAUCACUCGCUCACGACAAGGGCGCUCAUGUGACUCAUGUCCCCUUCAUAGACUUUCUUGGUGUCGGAAUCUCUAAUUAGUUACGCAAGGGAUCGAUCGAGCUCA